CCCUGCAAAAAAGGGGAAAAGAAAUAUUCAAACAAAACAUUUGGCCCGAAUCUCAAAAUCUUUUAUUUGCUGAUCAGUUCAAUGCUACUGUGCACUGAACUCUUUUUUUUUUUGCUAAGCUUUCCUUAGUCACCAUGGCAGCCAAGGAGGGCUGUUGCCAUGCAACAGAGAAAAAACACAACUCAGAUUUCAGGGAGGGACGUGCUAAAAUCCUGUCGCUUUUUCAGGCCCUUUGCACAUUGGAUGCGUCUGCUGUCGCUACAGCAAAUGUUUGCAAUUUUAUGGUGGAAAAAAACUGUUGCCACCUGAAAAGACACCCUCGUUUUUUCUACAAGGUGUGAGACACACAUCUGAAUUGCUAAACCGGUUGAACUACCAAGGAGUGCAGAGUGUGAAUUUCUGCCAAAAAUUGGGAGUGUUGCACAGGCUUAGUCUUCCCGAGGAUGCCUCUUCCGAAGAAAGGAAAAGUGAAAGAAAGAAAGAAGCAAAAGUCAGCAGCUCUAGGUGAGGAGAGACACAAAAAGGCAUCGCUGGAGGCCGACGCACUUAAGCAGCACUUGGUUCUCCAGAGAGACAUGGCCAAACAAGCUAUGAUUGACAGGGAAGAAUUCAGGCAGAGGCUGACAGAACUGGAGAGAGACCUGGAGGAAGCCCAGAAAGACAAAAAGGAUAUUUAUGAAGAGAUGAUUCGUCAAUAUCAGCAGUUUCAGCGCCAGACUGACACCCAGAUACAGCGUUUGGAAGCUGAAAAGCAGAACCUGCAAGAACAACUUGCUGCCUGCCAAAAAAAACUGCAGCGGAGUGAAGAGGACCGAGCAAAGAUCUCAGAGGAGAAGGACAAAGCUGUGGCCGAGAUGCAGCAGAAGGCCAAGGAGAUGGAGAAGGAAUGUGAAAGAACCCUGCACGAUAGUUUGGAUCAGGUGCUUUCCAAGCUACAAACCGCCAAACUGGGCUGGGAGACCGAGGCUGCCCUCAUCCAUACAGAAUAUAAGAAUAUGCUAAAAGAGUUUGGACUGAACCCGCUGGAGAUCUGAAGCAGCGUUCAAGCAGAGCUAAGGUCUCUCUCCUUAUCCUCCCUGGGGUCUCAUAUUGCCACAGACAUUAAAAUGUACUUGUCAAGGUUCUGGCUGACAAAUAUAACUGAGCAAGCACCAUUGUGACCAUCCAAUCUGUUAAUGCAAAACUUUAUUGAGUACAUCAUUUCGGCACAGAUGAAAGCAAAAGCAGCUCUGGUUAUUUCCCGCUAUAAUUAAAGUAUAUAUAUACCACUAUAA